UCCCUCCUCCUCCUCCUCCUCUGUUCUUCCACCAGCACCACCAUCAUCGCCAGGGAGGAGCAAGAGAGAGGGCCCCUCAGAAGGCACCCUUGAAGGGAAGAAGGCGGCUGGGACCCCGGGAGGGAGAGAGAGAGAGGAGGAGAGCAGACAGCCAGUGGAGGGCUCCCUUUCGUUUCUUGGAAAGAAAAUGGUGAAGCUGGGAAAUAAUUUUGGUGAGAAGACAACCAAGCAACCCCUCUUGGAGGAUGGCUUUGACACCAUCCCCUUGAUCACGCCUCUGGAUGUCAAUCAGCUCCAGUUCCCUCCGCCUGAUAAGGUGGUGGUCAAGACAAAAACAGAAUAUGAACCUGACCGGAAGAAAGGGAAAUUCCGUACACCCAAAAUAGCUGAGUUCACAGUAAGCAUCACUGAAGGUGUCUCAGAACGAUUUAAGGUAACUGUUUUGGUCCUGUUCGCCCUUGCAUUCCUCACAUGCAUUGUAUUUCUGGUAGUGUACAAGGUUUACAAGUAUGACCAUACCUGUCCAGAAGGCUUCAUAUACAAGAACAAUCAAUGCAUUCCAGCUGGAUUAGAGAACUACUACUCUGAACAAGACUCAAAUGCCAGAGGGAAAUUUUAUACAGUUAUAAACCACUACAACCUGGCCAAACAAACCAUCACACGGUCUGUGUCCCCAUGGAUGACAGUGCUGUCGGAAGAGAAACUUUCUGAGCAGGAGACUGAAACAGCUGAGAAGUCAGCUUAGAAUGAUUAAUCUUGUUGAUUGGAAGAUUUCAAGGGGGCUUUAAUGGAUGUCUUAUUAUUAAUGAUAAUUUAGAGGUUAACCUAUAUUUAUGGUGUAAUUGCUUUGGUUUGCUGAUAACUGCUUUGCAAAAAGGAAAAUAAGAAAAUGAAAAUCAAAGACCAUUCAUGGUCAAGUGCAUAUCAGCCUUGCUCUACAGCUUUAACACCAGUUUCUCUUUUAAUAAAACAAAUGUAGGUAAAUUGUUGCAAUUUAGAGAUUUCAUUGAGCCAUUCGGAGAGGGUUGACAAGGCAAAUUUUUGCAUUUAACUAUGUGUACUGGUGUUUUGUUUGUUUUAAAACUCGUUUUAUUAUCGAAAUUACUACAGCCCAUGUCUGUAUAUGAUAUUGACUAAGCUAUGAGCUGUAUCUAAAAAUGGCUUGCAACCCCAAAAUGAGUAUCAAGACAAAAGAUUGGCCCGUUUUUGCUCACUUAUAUAAGGUAUGUUAUAGGUUUUUUAAAAGGCAUGCUUGAUUGUUGAUUUGUUAUACCUGUGGACAUUUCACUGUGUUUCCACUAUGUGUAGGGAGGAGUCUUAUAUAUGGACUUGCACUGAAACACAAAAUAGACACUAGGGAGCUGUACAUUUUAAUGACCAAUGAUGAUGUUUUAAUUAAUGUGCAGACUGUAAAGCAGAAAAUAUUCUGAGAAAUAGUGCAGCCCUAUGAAAUAAAUAGAAAGAAAAUCUUUCACUGUAGAUGUAACCACAGCGUAAUUUGUGCAAUGGCAGGAGGAGUAAUUUUGUUAGGAUUUUCUCUUUUUGUAAAACAUUAAAAUGUUUCUCUUUUCCUACGUUGCAAAAUUUUGUUUUGUUUGCAGCAUCCUUUGGCAUUUUCUAAUGUUUAAAUAUUAAGAUUGCAAUCUUAAGCAUACACAUCAGGAAGUAGGUUUCAUUGAACACAGUGGGAUUUUCACAUAAACAUUUAUUGAACUAGUUGUAAGGAAUAAAGUGCAUUGAAUUCAUUAACUCUUCCCACUCCCUUGCAUUUUGAUUGUUAGGGUGGAGGCUUCCUUUUUGGGGUAAAUGGGGUAGAAGGAAGCCUAAAAUUGUAGUUGAUAUUUUAUUGUGUUGACAUAUUCCUAAAUCAUUAGCUGUUUAUUAUUUUUAAAUAUUUCAAAAUAUAUGUUAUUAACUUUAUAGAUGGGUAAGCAGCUUUUAAAUAUUGGUGGCCAACCUGAAGCACAAGCAGCAGAAACUGAAAAAACAGAAUAAUUGUGUUUCUGGCUGUAGCUUAAGAGUAGGCCCUGGGCAUUCACCAAUUUCUCCAGUGCUGUGCUAUGUAUGUACUGUAGUGACAACACUAGAGCCAUGCUUUUCAAUCAGUGGUACUUCAUAGGAUGUCAAUUUGUACCAGUUUGAAAGAUACUACUCUGGAAUCACAUUCUUGCAAACUGUGGAUUGUACUGGACUUGGCCAGUGUCACUAGACUAAAUUAUUCAGCUAACUACAGCUGGCGUUUUUGUUCAUGUUCUGAAUGUGCUUUUUCUUGGUGGACAUGUCAAAAGUUUCAUUAUUUUUGUAGAAACACACUUUAAAAACCCAGGGUUGUCUCUUUGCCCCCUGCUUUUAGUAGAACAAACAUGGUCAGUUCUACGUCUGUGUCAUAUUUCUUUCCAAUAAAUUUAAAGGAUCAAAGUUCACUUAGAAAAUGCCAAUUGCUUUUCCAGUUAAAUUUUUAAAAUACUGAACAUAGUUAUGCAUUGUAAAAUUAUUUUUAAGUAUAUCAUCAUUGCUGUAUGGAAUGCAUAAAAGCAAUAAAUUAUGUGCCAAAUCUUUCUUUGCAUUUUGAAAAAAAAGUUCAAUCCCACAUAAACUUAUUAAACUAUACCAUGUUUGUAUUUCCAAGUAGUCAGUACUUUAUUGAAUGUAAAUUUACAUGUAACUUUUGACAUUUUCACUCUGUGUAAAAUAAAAGAAAUAUGAUCACCA